UGAUCGUUACUCGUCGUACAAGAUCGGGUAUUUAUCGUUGAUGGUUUUUAGCAAGCAACGCUGCCACGUAAUUAUGGAUCAAUAAGUUAAAACAAGUUUGUGGUGCCGCAAAAUACAUGUAUUAACGCCAAAUUUUUAAAAAAAUUGUGAUAUUAAGUAUUCUCAUUUGUAUUGUGUGAUAUAAACACUAACUCUCUAUCUGUGAACGUAAAAGUGCAUUCGAUAACAGACUUGCGUGUUUCUAAAACAUUUUGAUGCCUCUCGUUAGCACAAGUUUCGCUGGUUGGUCUCCUGGCGUCCAUAUUUGUGUAUCUCUGGCUGGCCAGACUGAUAUGGAGCACUGUUGAAGAUGCGCGCCCCUACCCCCUCCGAGCCGAAGACUAUAUUUCCUACUUACCAAGUGCCUCAAAAGUCAGCCAUGAGGGGCAGCGCACCCCCAGUACAAGUUGCAGGGCCAUCUUGGGGGGAUCGAGCCGAUUCCCCAAGUAGUACCCAUAGCGUCAUUGAAGGCGCUUUGUCUGUGAUAUCCGGCUCAAGUUGCCGUUCAGUCGGCAACUCUAAUAUUAGAAUGCAAUCUGUGACCGAAAAUUGUCUUCUGAACUCUGUUACCGUACCAAAUAUGCAACGUAUAGACCAUGGCAUGGUCACCCACAAUAAUAGCUUUAAGUUAGUCAGUAAGUUUGGUGCUUUACUCCCCGGACGAGACAUUCCCAAUCAAAAGUCUGAUGACCUCGAACUACACGAUAACCUCAAUGUACUGAAUACCAUUAAAUACGAUUCAAAAUACUGCGAUAACAACGACGAAAAUGACGACUAUGAGGCAUACCACAUGUCAAAUAUGCAAACUCACACCAGCACAAAUGACUUGAAUAGCUACAGUAAGCUGUAUGCGCCUUUGAGGCUUAGAGGUGGAGGUGAAAGCUCCCUCAGUACUGGAACUUCUGGCUGGGGUACUCCACCUACUCAGCAAUCUGGCAACAAUAAUGCUAACAAAAGCAACGGCCAGCAGCCACCUACUUCCCAAUCAAAUAAUACCGGUUGGGGUCAACCUGGAACGAAACCAACUAACAAUGCAUUACCACCUAGUAGUCAACCUCCUACAUCUUCCUCAAAUUCUCAGAAUAACAAUGGGCCAACCAACAGUUCUACUAAACAACAAUUAGAACAAUUGAAUAGUAUGAGAGAAGCUAUUUUCAGUCAGGAUGGCUGGGGUGGUCAACAUGUUAAUCAAGAUACAAACUGGGACAUUCCCAGCAGUCCUGAGCCUCCUUUGAAGAUGGACGGUUCUAGCGGUCCUCCACCAUGGAAACCGGCUGUGAAUAAUGGUACUGAAUUAUGGGAAGCCAAUCUUCGAAAUGGCGGACAGCCCCCUCCGCAACCUCAACAAAAAACCCCAUGGGGACAUACGCCCUCUACGAACAUAGGUGGUACUUGGGGUGAAGAUGAUGAUGCUGAUACAUCUAACGUUUGGACGGGUGCACCUUCCAAUCAACCGCAAUGGGGUGGGGCCAGUGGUAACACCAAUAAUGGAGCUAUGUGGGGAGGUCCCAAGAAAGAAAAUGAUUGGGGCGCAGGUCCAAGCAACAGUGGUGCUGGUUGGGGCGAUCCACGAUCUGCUGAUCCUCGACAAACUGGUAUGGAUCCUCGAGAAAUUCGCCCAGAACUACGAGACAUGCGAACAAGCAAUUCGGAGGCAAUGAGAAUCAUGGAUCCAAGAGAAACUAUGAGGCAGAUGUCUAAUAGCGACAUGAGAGGAGAUCCAAGAGGAAUAACUGGAAGAUUGAAUGGUGCAGGUGCUGAAGCUUUCUGGGGACAAGGUACACCACACGCCGCUUCUCAACCAAUACAUCAUCACAACAAAAUGACAUUACCGCCAGGUAAUGGUACUGGUGGUUGGGAAGAACCUUCACCCCCUUCACAAAGGCGUAACAUGCCUAAUUAUGAUGAUGGAACUUCUUUAUGGGGUAAUCCUCAGCAAGGCUCUCACUGGAAAGAUCUGCCCACAGGGGGAGGUAUGAGCCGUGGUGGUAAUGCUGCUGGACCUCCUGGUAUGUCACAGAAUCGUGGUAUGAAGCCUGAUGUUGCGAUGUGGGGAGGACACGGACGCAACGGUUCUUGGGAUGAAACUGGACCUAGUGUUCCUUGGGACGAAACAAGCUCUUGGCAGAAACAAAAAAUGCCAGAUCCUUUAUGGGACGAAUCUGAAUGGGGUCACAAACAACAGAACAAGCCUCAGCUUACCAAAGAAAUGGUUUGGAACUCUAAACAAUUUAGAAUGUUGGUUGAUAUGGGCCAUAAGAAGGAGGAUGUUGAAAAUGCUUUACGUAUGCGUAGCAUGAAUCUUGAGGAAGCUCUAGACUUGCUUAGUCCCAUGCGCAAUAAUCGUGGCAACGACGGUUGGAAUGCUCGUCACGAUGAUCACUACGAACAUCCACCGUUCGCUUGCCAACGAUUCCCCACUGGGCCAGGUGGUCAAUUAAGUGGUUUUCCUCCAGCAAACAAUGCCCCUAAUCUCUUAAACAGUAUGUCAAAUUCGGGAGCAAAUAAUUCUCUUAUUAAUAAUAUAGCUCCGGCAGUAGUACAAAAAUUAUUGACUCAAGGGGGAGGAUCUCAAGGUUUUGGAGGAUCCUCUACAAACGCGGGUAGAAAUAUCCAGCCACAAUCUCAGCCAUCGACUCAGCAACUCAGGAUGUUGGUGCAGCAAAUACAGAUGGCAGUUCAGGCCGGAUAUCUGAAUCAUCAGAUUCUUAAUCAACCAUUGGCACCACAAACUUUAGUUCUCCUGAAUCAACUGUUGCAACAGAUAAAGACUUUACAGCAGCUCAUAUCUCAGCAAUCUCUCAAUACUGGCCCAACAAUGAAUGGUAAACCAAGCAACACUUUCAUGCAAUUCUCUGUAUUAAUUACAAAAACAAAGCAGUCUAUCGGUAAUUUACAGAAUCAAAUUGCUGCUCAACAAGCAACAUAUGUAAAGCAGCAACAACACCAAAGUGGAAUAUAUGACACAUUCAAAACAAACAGCAUGCACGAUUCAAUCAAUGCAUUACAAAGUAAUUUUUCCGAUUUGGGAAUUAACAAGGAGCCUCAAUUGAAUCCUCAACAAUCUAGACUCACCCAGUGGAUUAAUAAAGACAAAGAUGAUGUAGGAGAAUUCAGUAGAGCGCCUGGUUCAGUUUCUAAACCACUUAAUACCUCGCCCAAUAUGAAUCCUCUUGUUCUAAAUUCAUCAGAUGGGCCAUGGUCGACUGGAAGAACAGGAGAUACUGGUUGGCCAGAUGCAGCAGCCAGUGAUACCUCGAAUGAUGUGAAAGACGCACAGUGGUCAACCACCACUCAACCUUCCCUGACUGAUCUUGUACCUGAAUUUGAACCUGGAAAGCCCUGGAAGGGCAAUCAAAUAAAAUCAAUUGAAGAUGACCCCAGUAUUACACCCGGUUCAGUGGUGCGUUCGCCUCUGUCAAUAGCAACAAUCAAAGACAAUGAAUUAUUUAACAUGAAUCCCAGCAAAAGCCCUCCAGUGACUGAUGGUAUUCAGUCAUUAAGCCUCAGUUCAUCUACGUGGAGCUUCAAUCCAACUGGAUCAGUAGCUUCAACAGCUUUUACUAGUCCUCCGAAUAAACUACCGACUUCGAAAGGAGCUCUAGGCGACUUGAACCCCACAACUCCAGUAACUUCUGAGCUUUGGGGAGCACCAAAAUCAUCCAGAGGUCCUCCUCCGGGCUUAUCAGCAAAAGGAACUGGUGGCUUAACAAAUGGUUGGUCAGGCGUUAACACUAUGCCUUGGGCGGCUGGGGGGCAAAGGAGCUCUGGAAAUUGGGGAGGAUCUCAGUGGUUGUUGUUAAGAAACUUGACUGCUCAGAUUGACGGUUCGACACUACGCACAUUAUGUUUACAACAUGGUCCACUACUAAGUUUUCAUCUUUACUUACACCAAGGAUUUGCACUUGCCAAAUACUCAUCUCGUGAAGAAGCUAUCAAAGCUCAGACCACCCUCAACAACUGCGUCUUGGGUAAUACGACAAUAUUAGCCGAAAAUCCCACUGAUUGGGACGCAAAUACUUUACUUCAACAAGUUGCUGCCAGUCAGCAGAGCGGUUCUUCUGGAGCCUGGAGAGGUUCAAGCAAGCAACCCUCUGGGGCAGAUACUUGGAGUACUGGUUGGCCAAAUAACCCAACCUCAACUAGUUUGUGGGCAGCUCCCCAACUCGACAACUCCGAUCCUGCACGUGGAACUCCAUCUAGUCUAAAUUCUUUUCUUCCUAACGACCUCUUAGGUGGUGAGUCCAUGUAAAAUUAGGAUGAAACCAAAAUGAUUCCAACAUAGUUACAAGUGUUGAUAUCUCUCUGUGCUUUCUGCUAAAAGUUUUAUUGCAUGUUUUAAAUGUUUUAUAAUAUUGAAUUUAACGAUUGUCUUAAGAAAUUUUGAUGAUAUUUAUUGUAUUAUUUAACAAUCUUUUUUAUUGUUAUUUGUAAAUGUAUUUCUAUUUUUAAUUUUUAUGGUGAUUUAAGAGUUGUUGUUUUAAAGGUGUUUUUUUGUUUUUUUUUUCAGUUAUUUAUAUAAGGAUUUCAACAAAUGUACACUAUUAUUAUUUAUCAAUUGAAAAAUUUGUAGAAUUCAUACAUUAUUUUCCUUUUAAAAUUUAGCAGUUUCUUUAUUUGGUGUAUAUUUGUGGAUAAAUGUUCCCAAAUAAAAUAAUAAAUUUUGACACUUACCAAAUUAGACGCAAUUCUUGUUUACUUAUUAAUUAUGGACUGCAAGCGGUUAUAGUAUUCCAUUUGAUAUCACGCUCAAUUCAGAUUUCAUAACGCACUUAAUGUGACAUUCAUGAAGAAACCCAGCUAGUCUCAAUCAACAAGAUUAUAUAAAUGCAUAGUUAUAUAAUAUUAAUUAAUAUAUAUGUGACCAAACUCAUUAUAAGUUCACUAUUUUAAGUACUGUAAAAUUUGUUCUUUCAUAUAAGAUAUUUUCCUGUAUAUUACGGUUAGUAUAUAAAUGUUACUUUUAAUAAUUUAAUGUACCUACACGUAAACUAUUUGUAUGUGUUUGUUUCUCCUGUAGGACAGUAGUAUGAGUUGAUAAUGUUUCCUUCAAAAAUGGUUUAAAGAGCCAAAUUAUAUUCACCAAACUGUUUCACCUUUCAUAUAAUUGUCAGUUUUUGGAAGUAUGAAAUAUGUAUUAUAACUUGUAUUUUGUCAUUUUCGCUAAUUUUCAAGACAUAUUCUAGUCAGAUCUCAAAAUUUAAAGUUUAAACAUUGUGACUGUAUUUAUUCUCGUCAUAUAACCAUGCAUAUUACUGAAAAUAUUAGCUGCUGACGUUAUAUGUCAACAAAAGACAAUAAAUGUCUAUUGUAAAUCAGGGCAUUUGGUGAUUGUUUUACCCUUUUAUUAAUCAUAUAUUUUUUAUAAUUUCAAACUUCGUUCUACUGUCCUACUUUGUGGUCUUAUCAUCUCAUUACACACAUCCGAGUGAUAUUAUUUUUCUUGUUAAACAGAGUUUCUUUUGAGAUGUGUGUCAUGACAUAAAAAUUGUUAAACCCACAUAACCUGUGAUCUCUGAUUCCUUAUAUAUCAUGUAGAAUUACACAUACAAAAAAAUAAUCCUUUAUAUGUACUAUUGUUAUUGAAUAAAAGUGCGGAUUCAAAUAAAUUCGGCAACCGUCACGGUAACACCACACAAUCAGAAUUAGACUGCACGUUCUGAACUAUUCUUAAAUAAAUUUCAGUAAUAACUAAUUAAUUAAAUAAUAGCCUAUCAUUAUUAUAUGUUGUAAUUGAAACUGUUCACGAAAUUAUUAUGGCAGUAACUAUUAUUAAAUCACACAAAUUCGUAGUUGACGAUUUUCCUAAGAAAAUAUGUGUAAAGUAAAAAAAAUUCAAAAUUCUUACUUACAAAUCGAGUGAAUUGACUUGUCUAAAAGUAUUUUUGAAGAAUUUAAAUAAUCUGUCUGAUAAGUGUUUUGAAAUGACUGUGAUUGGCUACAAAUGUCAAUUAAAGGUUGUACUGUAAAGCCAAUUAACAAUAUCUUAUUAAUAUAUUUUUUAAAUAUUUUAGGACCAAAAAUAAAUAUAUCUUUUGGAUUUUAAUGGAUACACCUUGUGUAAUAUUUUCUAAUUCCUCCCAAGGCAGGGAUAUUGGAACCUUCUAAUGUAAUUUAAUUAGAUUUAUGAAGAAUUUAAGUAUUUAAUACAUUUUCCAAAUUUUACUGACAUGUCUAAAUUAGCAAUUUAUUUUUUUCACCGAGUAUAUUGAACGUUGUUUCCUAAACUUUUCUUUUCAUAUUUUCCGAAUGAUAUUGAAAUGUCUUGAUUAGUAAUUUAUUUUUUGACAUGAUGUUUGAUAUUAAGUGUGUUUUACACUCUUCUUCAGAGUUAUGUAUAGUUGUCAGAUAGAUAUCAAACUGCACCUUACCAAGAACUGUGCUUGAAAACAUUUAGAAGAAAAUUUUAUGAAAUGUUAAUCUCUUUAUUUUUACUAUUGCAAUUGUUACUUCAUUUGUUCAUGAAGAAAAUGCAUUAUAUCAUAUUUUUAGACAAAAAUAGCAGUAAACCAGAUAAUAUGAAAUUAGUUAAUAUUCCUAUUAAUUGUGUUGCUAUUUACUGUAGUAUUUUAAUACAUAUCGACAUUGUAACAUAUUUCCUUAUGAAAAAUAUAUCGAAUUUGUGUGAUAGAUCAAAAAUUUGCCAAAAUCGUUGCGAGUCCUCAAUUUUAAGGGAAGCAACAUGCGACAUUAUUAUGGCUGAUAAAUUUGUUGCUUGAGUGGUAGUGUAUAUAUAUAUAUAUAUAUAUAUAUAUAUAUAUAUAUAUAUAUAUAUAUAUAUAUAUAUAUAUAUUAAUAAUAAAUAAUCAUUAAAGACCCCCAAUAAAUAGUGACAUUUUGGAGACCUAGCUAAACGUUAGCGCUUCUAAUGGUAAAUUCAAACGCGGUAGUCCUCUUAAGAACCUCCUAGUAUAAGGUAAAAUUAUAUCAAAAGCUGCGCUCCUCUUUUUUUUGAGACUCGUAAUGACUAGAUCAGAUUAACGUUGGUGUUUAUGUGUAAUGUAUGUUUAGUCAUAGACUUUUUUCUAUGUUAUUAGUCUUAAACUGUGAUUAGCGUUCUUAAGGGGAUACAGACUAUGAAGAACCCAUAUAGAACAUAACAAUCACAUAAUUUUUGUCAUGGUGUUCAUUGAAGAAAAACUGAUUUUUCUACAACUUUUCUAAAAAAAAAAAGAAAUUUCCUUUUGAUAUAACUAUAAAAUUUAUUUUUAAGAAAACACACCAAAAGAAUUUGAAUAAAUAAUAAACUGAAUGCACAGUUCUGUUUUACAAAUAUACGAAAUUCGAACGUUUGUGUAUCAAAUAUUGAUUAUAUAUAUUUUUUCUAUAUCUUCAAACUUUUAAAUGUCAAAGUAGAUUUUUCAUUCUAAUGGUUUUAUGGAGUUUGAUAUUUUUUGAUAACUUGUCUAUUUCUUCUUUGCAUUUUAUUUCUUUAUUUCAUAUAUUAACUGAACGUUUCUUACCCUUUAUGUCAGGCAAGAUCUAUUUAGAUAUUUAGGUAUUCGGCAAUUUACAUUAUCAUUUAUCAUAUAUGCGACCCGAUCUGAUAUAAUAAUAUAUAAUUAAUAAUUAUAAUUGCUGAACAUUACUUUGAAUUUUCAUUCAUACAUAUUCAGAAAACCUGAUUGAAAGGAAAAUUAUUCACCUUUACCUUCCAUCUUGUUGGUCCAAUAUUCUGCUUCAUAAUUUCAGGUGGUACUACUAUCACAUUAUAAAUUUUCAUUUUCGCAACCAUAUGUAUUUGUUUGCAUUCCAGUAUGUUUUAUUUAGGAUCUGAUAAAUUUGUAUAUUACUCAAUUCCAAACGUUUCUAUAAUGAAUGGAAUCUAUCAUAUCAAUUAUUGUAAUGAUAAUUUAUGAGGGGUAAAAAUUGUACAAAAAUCUUUCAAAGAUAGAUAAAAAAUUUUCUGACCUCGAAACUUGAGGAAGUGGAUUAAUUGUCCUUCCAAUAAAUCAUUAAAUGUUACCUUAAGAAAAAGAAUAAUGUUUCCUAUCAUUUGCAGAUUCUUGGCUGAAACAAAAUUUAAAUAUUAAUAAUUAAACUUUAUACUAGACCAUUUCAAGCACAAUAUUGUAUUAAGCAGGACGAGGAAAGAAUUUCAUCGGAAGUGAACAAAAUAACAACUAAAGACGUAAGUGAUUUUUGAUACCUAAUGGAAUUCCAUUUUUUGAAUAGAACAACUUGAGAGCAUUUUUAGUAAAAUUUUUAUUAAAAUCAAAAUUUGAAAUGACAUUAAUUACCAAUGACCAUUAUGAGAAUGAAACCGUCAAACUAAAAAGGAUACCUAAUAAUAUAAUUACAUACUCAAGAUAUCGAAUUUCUGAAGACAUAUAAUUCAUUGACUAUCAGGAUAUAUAAUUUGAGUUUUGGGACUUGAAAUCUUAUUUAUAUUGGGUUCAUAACAUAUCAUUAAUUUGAAGUCAACUAAUUUUCUGUGAUUACUUAAAUCUGAUGAUCGAAGAAUAUAACAAUCACUUCUAUAGCAUCUAUUGAAAUAUUCAUAUGUGUAGUUUGAUGUUGAAAAUUAACUUCAUCUUGUGGAGACUAUUUUCGGCAGCUUUUAAGGGAAAUGUGAACGUAGGUGCUCUCCUUUUUAUAAUUAUUUUUGCAACCAUCUAGUCUUUUUAUUUCCACUUUAUUAAUCGACGCUAGUUAAAAGUGAAGACUGAAAAAAAUGAGAUAUUAAUUGUUUUGUUGCAUUUAAUUAAACAUUUUUAUAAUCUUUUUGUUGGACAUGUCAAAAGGAAAGUUUUUUUAUCAGAGAUGUUUGAUUUUUGUUACUAUCAAUUGUUUUUUUUUUGUUAAAUUGAAAUGGCUUCAAUACAAGAUCGCUAUUAGUACUUUUAAAACAUUACUAUUCUAGGAUAUACGUAUCUAAGAAUAACAAACUUUUUUGAAUAAAAGUUAAUAAUAGCGAUUUUGUAUUUUCAACUAUAAAAACAUUUGCUUCAUAGAUUUUGACGCGAUAGCUGUUGCUAAACAUCAGUGUACAUUUUAACACCGAGUUUGAAAGACACAAAAACAAACACUGUUAUACUUUCAACUUACUCAUACGCCUUUUUAAUCAUGUUUCUAAAGUAAUUCGGUAUUGAAACAGCUGUUAAGUCAUGUGAUGAAAGUGGGUAUACGCUUCUUUUUUAUUAUUACAUCUCUGAAAAUAUUUUGAGGGUUCUAAGAGUUAAUCAAGUUUUAAGUACACAACUGUGCUGUGACUCUUAAGUGGCUUUUUAGUUUUUAAAUGAUAAAAAAUUAUAUUCUAAGGAGCUCUCAUUAUUAAGCUUUUAAAAUGUAACCGUUAUUUAUCAAGAUAAUUUCACCAUGAACAUUUUACUUAGAUCCUUCACAACCUAAGCAGAUAUAUUUCUAUAUAUGUACUGUUUUAAGCUUACUUCUUAGUAAUACUUGAAGGGAAGAGGUACUGCUUUUGACCUGUUUGACUAUUUUUUUUCGUAGAAUUUCAGUUGUUUAUAUUUUUCCAAAUUCAAAUAUUUUUAUACUUUUUAACUGUUCUACUUUUUAUUUCUACAUCUAUUUACAUGCUAGUGCCACUGUUAUUUUAAUAAAUUACUUCAUAUAAAAAAAUAAUAAAACAAUAGUCCAAAAAAGUCAAUUUACUAAUAAACCGAGCUUUAACUCUUACUUGAUAGUAUUUGGAUAUCGUUGAUAUCUGCUUAUUUCAACAAAGUGACCCUCAAAAUUGCAAUAAAUUUUGCUAUUUAUGUACUAAUUUUCAAACUACUUAAUGGAAGAUGAAUGUUUAUCAAUAAGUUCAUUGAGAAGUUAGUCUUGAUAGUAAGUGGUAACUGUUAAUAUUAAAAAAUGGUGCAAGAAUUUUGGACUGCUUUGGGAAGAUAAUAGAUACUGAGACAUUUGUAAACUCCUGAAGCAGUCUAUGUAUAAGUUCCAGUAAAAACUAUCUAAAACUAGAAUUUUAAUGCCAAUUUGAAUAUUUGAAUUUUGUAGCUAUAGUGUAUAAUAUAGUCCUUAAGUGUCAAUAUAAAAUGGUUUUUAAGGAGUUUGGUAGUAGGGAUAUAUUGUUUUAUGUUGUGUGUUCAAAUAAUUGACAACCAAUCUGAAUGUGUCGCCACUACCAUUAAGCAGUUAUGUCUAUUUACUGCCUAAUUGUUUCCUAGGUGUGGAAAACCUCCUGACACCUACCAAUUUGUAUAAUGAGCGUGACACCAUUUGUCCACUAUUAAGAUAUCUCGAAUAUUACAAGCCAUAUCUUUAAAUCUUGUUGUGAUAUUUUUAAUUGUUCCAUUUUUAAUCAAACUUUGACUUUUUUGCAAACUUAAGUACUCAUUGUAACUUUGCUGAUCAAAUUUUGACUGUACUGCAUACUCAAUUACAAAAAGUAAGUGUGAAAGAAAAGUUGAUAGAUUUUAUAAAGAUUUGUAUACAUACAUGUGCUGACUUCGAUGGACUAAUGGUAUCACGUUUAAUUCACCAAUAAUGUAAAGGCAAUGAUUGAUGUACAAGUAAUUCUGAUGUAGACUUCAAGUACUGGAAUCCUAGUUUGUCACCAAAAACAAAACAAAAAUUAAUAAAUGAACCUAUUAAUCAUGGAAUGAUAGACGUAAUGUAGAGGGUGUAAUUUGCUAAUUCAAAAUAGAAUGAAAGUGUAGUAUAGAAAUAUUUUUAAUUGGAAAACCGAUUAGAAAAUUUUACUUAAAUACUUAUAAUUAAUACCGACAGCAAUAUUUAUAUUAUGUGUUGUUAUUUUGUCAAGCAUAAUGGUUUUGAUAUAGAUCUUGUCAAUAAAAAUCAUCAACAUCUGGCAUAUCAAAAUAAAAUAUCUACAAAUUAAUUUUAUUACGUGAUUGUAAUGAAUACAUGUAUACAAAAAUGUAAGCAGAUUAGUCAUUUUUCUAUGAUGUUUAAUGAUGGAGGACCAACUGUCCACUGUUAUUUUUGUAUUCAUCGAUACUACUUUUAAAUAUUGAAAAUGUGUAAAAUUAUCUUAAAAACUCGUGCACAAUAUUGAGAACAUUUUUUUAUUUUAAAUGUAAAUUUUUAGCAAUAUUCAAAAUACUGUUAGAAAUACGAUGUUUGUUACAUACUCUUGAUUGUCAUUAAAUCAUGUAGUGGAAAGUACAUAUUUUAAUAAUGAUGAAAUACACACACAAACAUCAAGUUUCUUAUAAAAGCAACUAAGUCUGCAUUAUUGGCACCAAUCAAGUAAUGCUGGCUCAAUUACAUUAUAUAAAUACGAAUCAUGUUGAUUUUUUUACAUUUGCUUUGACAAUUGAAAGAUUUUUCAGUCGUGUUUCCAAUUAAAAAGUAAAAACCAACUUAGACUGUAAUGUGGACGAAUAUCUGAUUACUCUCUAAAAAACUGCCGGAAUUGGUAUUCAUUGGGCGUUGCUGGAGCUGCAGCUAGCGCCUCGCCAGUGAGAAAUUAACUGGCCGAGACUGCCAUUGUGAUUUACUUACUAAUUCAGAUCUUAUACAUAUUAAAAUAUGGCGUGUGCUUUAAAGGUAGAGAUAUGAAAGUUUCACGAUUACUCUUGUUUAGGUAACCGGAAAACUUUUCGAAACUCUUAAAAAUAUUCUAUGUCUGAUAUUGUGUACCUUCUGAAAAUUAGUUUUAGUGUUUAUUUAAAUAGAAAAAAAUAGAAUAUAACUAAACAUCUUAGGUUAAGUUGCUCAGCAUUGAAAAACAUAUUUAAAGUAAUACAUAUUUGAAAUUAUUUAUAUAGUGGCCAGUUAGGCUAUCAAAAUGAUAACAUUUAUGUGAAUGUUUUUAUACCUUUGACAAAAAAAAUGAAUUUAUUUGAAAAACAUAACAGACUACGUCUAGUUUUCUCUACAGAUUAGAAAAGUAACUUAAGGCUUAUGUAUAAGUUGGUAUUGAUCAUUUGUUUUACUUAAUUUGGUGUAUGUUUUUCAUUUAAAACUAGGGUGUACUACAAUUUGUGAAAACAUUUACCAAACUUAUUAUAUUGACUGUACAUCAAAAUGCAUUUCAAUUUAUAACAAAAUUCAUUGAGGAAAUUUUGCCCGUUUCUAUUGUAGCCUUUACGAACAUCAAAAUGAAACCAUUAUCUUAAAUAUAACCUGAAAUUUAAAAUUUCUUUUAUAUGACAAUAUUGAAAUAACUCACACGUUUAUAUGUUAUCCUUUCCUCUGUAAAAAUUUUAGGUUAUAUAUUAUAACGAGGGAUUUUAUUCCAAUAUAAUGGGUAUUUAUAUAUAGCUGUGAGACAAUAUAAAGAACAAUUAUUGUUAUACCUUACCUGAGACAUAAUUAUGUAUCAACGAAAUGGUGUAACAUUGAUUUUUUUGUACAACCAAUAUUAUAUAGAAUAAGUGAAAUGUGACACCCAAAAGCCAAUUUUAAAAAAAAGGAAAAUACAAAAAAUAUUUAUAAAUAAUAGUUAUGAUUUAGGUUUACAGUAUUUGUGAUCUAAGUGCCACUUGCGUUUUCAAGUAUGUUUAAUCAUUCGCCACUGAACUAUAUAUUAUAUCGUAUAAAUAUAUAUUAUAUAUUUAAAAUAUAACAUAUAUGGUAAAUAGUUGGCAUAUCUGCCUUAGUAUAGGGUAACUUGGUGUUCGGUAGACUUAAGAUCAUUUUGAGCUUAUAUUCCUUGUCAUAAUAUGUUGGAACAAUAUAUAAGAAUGAAUCUUCUAUUAAUAUUUUUUUGUUAAGGCAUCAUUAGUACCAAUAUUUUUUUCAAAUCUAGUGCGAACAAUAUACUUUAUUUCAAUCAUAUCAUUUGGUCAUCCAAAAUAAAAAAAAAUGACACUGACAAUGAAGGUCGUGAAUUUUUGUAAUUAUCAAAUGUUUUCAUUUAAAUUAUUCCAAAUAUUCGGAUUGUUACCGACAAAUUUUUAGAGCUUGAGCGUGUCUUUAUUAUGGUUGUAGAUUAUAUAAACAAGUAGGACUGAUUCAAUAAUGAUUAUCAAAAACAAUACAGGACAAUAAUUCAGAUAUUUGGGGAUAUUGAUUAGACAUUGUCUUGCACUAUCAGUUAAUGUUGUAUGUAUUUUAAACAGCUUUCGUACAUCUCUCCCGAUUUCGAUGAAAUAAAAAUAUUCUAUUUCUAGGAUUUUUCUGAUUCAUUCUAUGUAAUAAUAUCUACUCAAAAAUCUCUGGUAAAGCAUUCUAGUAGUUGUAUCUAACUGGAUCUUUAGUAUAUUUUUCCAAUUUUUCUAACAUGCAGUUUUAAAAUUUUUAUCGUUGAGUCUUAUCAGGUGAUAUUUUGGCGUGCACUGCUGCCAGCUAUCGAUUUUUCCUAAGCAUUUGGAUAUUUUUUGACUCUUUUUAGGAUUUCUCAAUUAGUCUUGAUUGUUUUAGUUGUUUGGCAAUUUUAAAAUUAACUCUAUUUUCCAUCAAGUCCGUUUGAUUGUGUUUGCAGUAUCACAAGUUUGACAGUUCUGGAAAUAUUUUUUUUAUUAAUUUACUUCAGUUUUGCUCUUCUGUUUAUUCAUUAGUACCCAUUACUAAAAGAUUUCAUCUAAUUGUAUAUGUACGUUGUUGAAAAAAAUGAGAAUAAGUAAAUUGAAUUCCAUUUGGUAAUUGGUUUUUGUAUUGUAUUGAGACAAAAUGCUUCUGUUUGAAAACAUUUGAUUCCUUCAUUUCGUGUUACGGUUUCUAAAUCUCAUUUCUGUAAUAUAGCAAUAAUAACGUUAAUUUAUUAUAUCUUUCUUUAAUCCUAAUGUAUAAGAGUUAUUGUUUUCUGAAAAAGGAGUGAAUAUCAUAGUAAUAAUUUCUUAAAUGUAAGACAUGCUUAAUACUUGUUAGAUUAGUAGACGCAAUGUUUACCAUAUUUUAUAAUACCAAAUGAUGUGCCUCUUUAAAAAAAAUUGUUAAAUGUGACAAUGAUGAUUCUUGAAAAAUGACGUGAUCUGCUUGGUCUCAAAAUCCCAUACAAUGUCAUACAGACCUAAGCUAUUUGAAAAACUUAAAGUUCAGUAUUAAAAAAAUUUUUAUUUAAUAAAGAAUAACAUUUGACGACAAGAUGCCUUAGUAAAAUAAAUUUUUGAAUAAUCCAAAAUAUUUUUCACGUAUUUUUAUAGAACAAUUAGGUGAAAAGACAAAAGUAACGUGAACUUUGCUACACAAAAAAAAUCUUAAUAUUUAUUGUAUGUCACUGUAAUCGGUUGAUGGGAUAUUAUAUAGUAAUUUUUUGAUACACUUAAUAUUGUUACUUAAUAUUGCUAGCAGCAUUUAGUUUUUAAGUAGUAUUACAUAUGAUUAUGUGAUACCGUUUUCGCAAUACUUUUCUUCUGCCUUUCAAGUAUUAAUUCACUGUUUUACAUAAAAGCUCCCAAGCUGUGUCACGGUUUCUGAAUCAAAUGAAGUUUUUUUCGGGAUUAAUGUGCACAUAGUUAUAUUUUUAACAUAUUUCUGUUUUGGUAGUAUGCCUCAUGAGAUAAUAGACACAGAUAAACAAGUAAGUAGAACUAAACUUGAUUAUUUGAUCCACAAAUAUAAUUUAUCUAAGCCGAAAAAGCAAAAACCCCUUUAACUCCAUAUUUUUUUUAUUUACAAUGUAUUAGUUUUGAAGGCCAAUUUUACCAUUAAACAUUUAUCUAGAUUUCCAGUAAUUUAAACAUUCUCCAAGUUUCGAAAUAUCUAAUUCAAUUUAUAACAAAAACUACUUUCUGAUGCACUUAUCAUCAUUACAUCACUAUGUAAGGGUUUAAAAUAUAAUUUUUGACAUUGGUGUGUCAAUUUGUACAUAGCCAAAAAAUUUGCUGUAUCAGCAUUACAAACCUUAAUUUAACUCCACAAUUGUUUUCAUUUUGAAAAUAGAAUUAUUACCUUCCAGCUUCUAGAGAUUCAAUUUAAAAUUUCAAAAAUUUUAUUUUCUCAAAAUGAGUUUAAAUAAUUUGAAAUAGUAACAGCUUGGAGAUUUAUUGUAAACAGUUCACUGGUCUUGCCAUUUUAGAAACACAUUUUUCUUUACUAAAUACCAAAGAAGUUGUGUCAUAUUUGUUCGUAAAAUUUAAAACGAUUUUGGGCGUGUAUCGUUUCAACUUGAAUCCACCAACCGUUAAAAUUACUAUUGGUUACUAUUUUAGUUCUAACAGCUUUUCUAGUAAUUAAUUCGAUUAACUUUUUGGUCAUUUUUUGUUGAACAAUCUGCCCUUUUCAAUUCUCUGCCAAAAUCUUCCAUCAGAGGUUGUGAUAGUCUUAAAAUAGUGUUGUAAUGCUUUUAUAUUCCAUUGUUACUAAUUUUAUUUCAACCGAAUAUUAAUUGUUAGUACAUUUAUUACUUCAACAAACAUAAUUAAGCUUAAGCUAAAACGUAGUUAAUGUUGAGUGUUUGUUGAAGAAAUAUUUGAACUACUUGAUCAAGUCUCUGAAAUGAACUCCAGCUGAUAUUUUCUAUUUAAAUUACUUGGCUUACAUUCCCAAUCGCGGUUAUUUGUUUUUUGUUAUAAAAUGUUUUAAAAUUAUAGGAUUCUCAAAUUUUAUAAUCUUCAUACCGGUAGUUAUUUUAAGAGACUGGAUUAAAUUUUCAGAGUAUUAAAAAGACUAAACUCAUUUCUCAAUAUACAUUUAAUUUAUUUAUCGCAUGACACAAAGUUAGUUCUUAUUUUUUUUUUAUUAUUUGAGAUAUGAGAUUAAAAGUUGUUCUUACUAAAGUCAAGCAAUUAGUUAUUGUAUACGCUGUGAUUUUUGUUUUCUGGUAUUGAUUUGCAAUGGUUAACCAAAUUACUGUGCAAAUAGCACAUGUUUUAUAUAAGUGCCUAUUAAUGUGCAAUUUAAUAAUAUAGGGCCUGACUCUAAAGACAGGGUUUUAAAAUUUUAAGUGAUUUUUGAACGUAUUUCUAUCAAAAACUUAAGGUUUUUACCUCACUAUGUAUAAACCCACCGAUAGUAAAAUUAGUUAAUGAAUAGUAGUUGUAGAGAAUGAAGAUUUUUAAACGAAGUGUUUUGUCUGAGAAUUUUCGAUAUCAUUACAUUCUGUACUCCAAUAUUCUCACUAACGGAUAGACCAAACAAGAAAGAAAUUGAAAAUACUUAACUUUGUUUGGUCUACACAUUCUUUUUGUCUUAUUUGGCAAUGUUGUUCAUAUGAAGAGUAAUGCUUAUGUGUAGUGGGGUGACUAGGUUUAAUGUAGAGGUAUCGAUAUUUUUGAUCUCACUAUCAAUGAGAUUAAAUAGCUAGCUGGGAACUGCCAAUUAAAUUGUAAAAAGAUAAUGUAUGUCUCUGUAAAAAUAAAGGAAUAUGUAGGUUUAACGUAGACAUUGAAGUUGAUUAAGUAUUGAGAGGUACACUUCUAUGAUCCGGUAUUUGUUAGGGGGCAAAACCAUUCCAUAUAAAUAUGCGACUGUUUGAGACUAUCUAUUGUACAUAAAUUUGGUUUUAACGAAAUUUUUCUAUCUUAUUUCAAACAACGAGGACUCUAGAAUUAUUUCAGAGUAAAUAGUUUUAAAUAUCUAUAGAUACAUUGUCUGAUAAUAAUCCCACCAUAUUCUAUUUUUAUAUUGCUGCUACUAUAAAUUCCACAUAUUUAAAGUAUCUAUUUCUCAUUUACACCUAGGCUUCAUAUAAACCUAAUCCUAUUUCAUGUCAAUGCUAAACUUUGUUUUUGCAUUAUUCAUUUUAAUUCCAAAUAGUUCGUAUAUACAUACACUUUUGAUAUUUUGCAUUUAUUUCAUACUAUACAGGCCUUAAAUUUGAAACUUUGUGCCAUAUCUGCUUGAACAGACUCCUCGAACUAAUCAGAGACUGGUUCACAUGUUAAUUCAUGCUAUGAAUUACAAAUUACAAAUACUUGCCACUCCGUUUGCUUAAAAAUGAUUUUAAUUUUUUUCCUAAUUAGUUUUUUUUUGUGAACAAAUGAUUUUUCGAAUUAUUUUAUUUUGUGGAUAGCUAAUUCGUAUUGUAUUAAAAUAAGUUCUUCAUAUACACUAAUAGGAGUAUUAUAUUGGGAAAGGUACGCAAUAUUUAUGUGUCAUUUAAUCACUAGUCAUCUGACAUACCUAUCCAUUAAAUUGAAAAUUUUCACGAGAACUUGUGCUGGUUUAGCGGUGUGAUGUUUUCUUUUAUUUAAAAGUGCAAACAUACAUUCGUUUUGAUUUUUUUCUCUACUUAAAAGACGGAAAGUUGUAUCCUUUUUUGUGGUGGUGGAUUGGAUUUUUAAAAUUUUUCUUUAAUUUAUAUAGGAUAGAGUCCUAAUUUGAAUUAUCCACAAGUCCGGAUGAUAAUGUAGUUGAGAUAACUCAUAUAAAAUGUUAGGCCCUCUCUUUCUCAGGUUUAGGAUUAUUAUAAUUACGGUUAGAUAAAUAAAUCUGCUGCUAUAAUUUUUCGAUAAAAUAAUAGCAAAUACAAUCGUGCUAUUCAGUUUUUCAUCAAAAUAGUGAACAGGUAAAAUUAACAUUCCUAAUUUAGAAAAAGGACAAACUAUGUACAUACUUGUAUAAUAAACGUGAUUGUCUAUAUAUAUAGUUUUUGUGAAAUUUCAAAAAAAAUGUCUUCUCUCAUAUUAACUCUGUUUUAAUGUAGGCUGUAUUAACUAAAGUUAUAAAAACUGAAAUUAAAAAAAAUAUAUCUUAUAUUUUUAACUAUACCCAAGCUUACUAUCGACAUCGGGUUGAUUAGAAUCGCUAAACAUAUAUAAUUUUGACAAUGAGAGUUACCUGUGACACUUUUCCCAAGAAUAAAUAUAUUAAAUCCUAUUUUAAGGGUAUUGAGAUUCAUUGUAAAAGUUAUAUUGAACAAAAUUAUGACAACUCUUAUUAUGAACUAAGAUCAAUUUCACUACAAUGGAAAAAUAUUUCACUUAAGAUUACAUGGGUUGGAAAUAUCAACAAAACUGUUUAAAGAAAAGGCACUGUCAAAUAGACUACAAUAUACUAAAAAUAGCAUAUAGAUAGCGAAAUUAUUAUAGAUGCUGAUCUUACCGCCUAUAGAAAUUUUAAACUUUUCAGGUUUAAUAACCAAAAAUUUCCAUUUCCAAAUAUAUAUCAUCAUAAAUUUUCAAGUAAGUCCAAUUGCUAAGACUGUAAAGAAGAAGUGAUCAACCAACUUUACCACCCAGUGUAUUAUAAGCUCCGCACGAUACAUUAGACUUGCACAGAACUUUAGCUUGGGCAAAACACAAUGGUCCAUACAAAGGUGCUCUCAGAAAAUCUAAAAUUUGUAUUUCUUAAAUUAAUUUUGUUGAACGUUCGUAGGAAAUUUUAAAUAAAAAUAUCAAAUUUCAAUGUACUGGAUCAAUUUUCUACUAACUGUUUAAAAUGCGAACUUUCCUUCAUAAAAACAGCUAUUUAUUGAAUGUCAGUAUUAUUGUUUUUUAUUGCAAGUACAAUUUAUUCGUUCAUAUUUGGAAUUUAAACAACCAGUGAUUAGUCAAUUCAACAUCUUUCGUAAAUGAAUGAAUAGUAGAAAAUUUGAUUUGGUAGGAGAGUGAGUUAGGACUAUUCUCAUUCUUCGAAAUGUGCCAAAAUUUUUUGCUUAGAAAAUUUUUGCUCACAGCGAUUUGAUGUUUAAAAACAUCGAAUCGCAUACGCUUAUAAGCUGUGUAUAUUAACUUAUAAUGCAAUACAUAUAUUGACCUAUAUAUAUUAAACAUGUAUGUAUAUUGGCUGAAUUUGUACAAUUGUUAUAAUUUCAUAUAGUAUAUCUAAAUAGGAAAAUAAUAUUUUUCAAGAAUUAGGUAGGUUAGGAAAUGUGUUAUUAUUAGUGUAAGGUGUAGUUACAAUUAUUAAAAAAAAAGUAGCACUGUUCACGUUACGAGUGUGUUUUAAUAUAUACGUCUAAGAAUAUUUCUGUUUUUCAAAAGAUGAAGGUAGCAUACUCCCAUACGUACAUUUGAAAUUCUGUUCAAUGUACAUUUUUCUGUUGAUUUAUACUGAAUAUUUCAGGUUAUGCUUUAAAGUAUUAUACAUAAGAUUUUCUUCCAAAAGUGUUAUAUUUUUGGUAUGUUUAGAUUUGUAUUCGUACAUAUUGUGAUGCAAAUUUUGUUUCCAAAUAUUUACAACUGUUGUAAACUAUUUAUAUAUCAUUCUCUCUAAUCCUAAACGUUGUUUUUUAAUAAAAUGCAAAUCAGUUGUUAAUAUAAUUAGUCGACAAAUUUUGAUAUGGAUAAAUUUGUUUAGUUUGUAGUAACUGUAGAUAUAGAGAGUUUACAACAUUCACAUUACGCUUUUUAAUGUUAGAAAUGUCAAUUUUUCAAAUAAUGUUUCCAGCACUGAUUUGGGACCUGACUUUAGGUAUCUUGAAACAUCUUUGAUGUUAACUGAUUAAGUUCAUCAACUAGUUGUUCCAAUAUACUAACGAAAUUAACAUUCUAUUCGAUGUAUAUUAUUUAUUAAAAUUCAUUGCAUCACAAGUAUAAUUUUGUUUUCCUCUUGUGUAAAACAAAAUGGCCUAAACAAGUUCCCUCCUAUAACUUCUAGUCCAACUUUGCCUGAUUACUGUUAUUCCAUAAUAUAGCAUUUUUUUAUUUAUGUGUUGAGUUUAUUGUUAACAAAAAAGUAAUUAUGGAGUAUUCUAAUAACCCUAGUAAUAUUUAUUAAAUAUUCCUCUAGAGACUUUCACAAUCAAAUUGCUGUUUCUUUUCAGUUGACUGAAUCUGUGUUAUACAUCCUAUUGUUACCAUUAUUUUGCUUUUAUCAAGUAGAUUCCAUAAUCUAAUGUCAAAGACACCUUUUAUAAACUAGACUAGAUUAGAAAUGGUUUUCCGCAGCAGCUGACACUAUAACUAGAUUUUUGGAAAAUUCAAAAAACAAUUAUACAGAUCAGACUCUUUUUUUAUUGUUUCAUCUCUGAUGGUAUUAAUUUUGACAUUUAUUUAAUAAAUAAAGAAAUUCUGAUCUUGUCAUCCUCUGCAUAACUGUAUACCUUGCAUCUAGGACCGAGUAAUUAAUUUAUGAAAUACUUGGAUAUAGUGUCAUGAGAACAGAAAAUUAUUUCUUUUGAUUUGCUUGUUUAGCAACUGUCUGUUCAUGUUGAAAUUCGAUAGUUAGAUACUUUGAUUUAAGAUCUAAAUUUAGACUGUUUACAUAUAUGUAUGUGUAAGUUGAAAUUCGACUAUUUAGAUAUUCCAAGGUAAAAAAGUACAUGGUCACCUGAUUAAAUUUCUCUUUUAAAAAUAAAAAAAAUAAGCACGUGAAUUUACUGUUUGAUUACCAAUAAACAUGCUACCCAUCUCAUUUGUUAAAUUCUUCGAUGUAGGUGUUAGAACACUAGGGCAGCUAGAUGCGAAUGCGUUGUUACAGCUGUUUAAUGUUGACUAGGGGCUUGACGUAAACGCGACUUUUAAAGUACCCCCAUAAAUGAGGAUGAGGAUCCGCCUGGCCAGUCAAUGUCAUUAUGUUGACACAGUACACAAACCUGGAAGAGUUAACUUGCAGUUCUGGGCUUUCAGGAACCUUGAAAAAUUUGUAAUAGCCGAGGUAAAAAAAUUACGCACCAUCCAUAGUAACGCACAUGGGUAUUGGUCAUAAUACGAUCGCGAGCGUCAUCAAAAAGGCACGGAUCAAUUAUUCCGCUUUAGUAUCGACAAUUCUACUUAUUCGUAGAGACACCACGUGAAAGUGGACUUCUUCAUUAAAAUGAUCUUCCCCAAAACCUUGUAAUGACAAAAAUGUUAAAUCAUUGUUUCACAGAAUACUUUUCUUUGAGGUAAUGCGUUGAAUUUUAUUUAUAUUUUUUUGUGGAGUUUGGCGUUUCUUGGUUUGUUCUAAAUUAUUAGUUGUUCCACGCUUUCAUCACAUUUAUGUGGAUAAAUUUUGGAUAUUGUAUAAAUUACACAACUGUCGCCGAGUUAACGUGUAUGAAUCAAGGUUUCUUGAAAUAUGCCCCAAAUACAAACGCACUCACAGUGUUACUGAAUGUUACUUAUUGUCACGCAUUGCUUCCAACUAACUGGUUUCUAAACGCAGUACAUUUAAGAAGGGAAAUUUAUUCUAGGUCAUCCUGUAUAUCCUGAUUACAUUAUGUGCCAUCCAAAUGCCUUUAUAAUAGAAUUUGAUACCAAGGUAAUAAAAAAGUUUAUUUAUUGUUAAUAUUUCGCAAUAAUUAAAUUUACUUUUCACUUCAACUUUGAUCGAGUUGAGGAAUUUCAAUUUUUACUAUGUCCAAAUAUUUGUGUAUAUCUGGUUUCAAAUUAUGUAAAUAGUUGUUAAGACAGGAAUUUAAUAUCACUUUACCUUGAACCAAAUGAAAAUGUUUAGGGCUCGUUUCUCUAAUUUGUAUCAAUAAAUUUAAAUAAAAUGGAAUGUUUUAAAGAAAAUUAACAUGGCAUAUUUUUGGAGUUGGUCUGGUACUUUUUAGGCAAUACUUGAUAUUGUUCGAAAAAUUUUGCGAACGAAUUUGGUACCUGCCUUGUAGUUAUAUUAUCGAAAGUACCUCACCACCAAAAUUUAGUAAUCUUAGUUUGUAUCAACAGAUUCAGAUGUGACAACUUUAAAUUCCUCACUAAUAUCGGUAGGAAUAAGAAUAAACAAAUGUUGCUCAAUAUUUUAACCUCACAAUAGUUUGUGGUUGAGUUUUAUCGACAAAUAGUUCAUACAUCGUUAUCGGUGUUAAUAUUUCAUGUUAUUAAUACAGGAAAAAUACCAAAUAAGAUUAUAAAAUUAUUUGUAAUCUAAUCUUGGAACUUUUGUAUCUACGAAUAAUGACUGGGAUUUUUAUCUAUUUUUGUAAAUUAGUUGCUUUACAAUUAAACUGAAAAGCAUCUCACUCGAAAAGUAUUAACUCAACCACACGUUUUUAGGUUAAAAAAUGACAGCACAGUCUAUUUUUUAUCAUUGUUUUUCACUAAAAAAGAAGUAGCUAAUAUCAGUUCACUCAUUAUAGAAUGUUUUGGAGUUCAAUUAAAAACGAAAUAUUUCGCUUUCUCAAAUUACAAAUAUUUGAGCAUUUUUCAAAUGGAAGUUGAUGUUGGUAUAACAUUCUUCAAUUCAAUAAACUUUUUGUGGUUAUAAUGUAAAUACUUUUGAAAAUAUUUUAUAUUGUAAGUAGACAAAAUAUAAUAAAACUGUAUUUAAAAAAUAUAUUUUUUAAUUAAUUAAUUUUGUCUACUAAUUGUAUUGACUAUAACCUGAAAAAGUUUUGAAUAUAAUGGGAUCUGAAUUUCAUAUAAUCCGACUAUAGUUGCUAAAAAAUUAUGUCGUUAACUUGUGGUCGAUAACAAACACAUCUAAAACGGUUAGAAAAAUAGUCGUAUUAAAAUUUGGACUCUGUUAAUUUAUAUUGCUACCUCUUAAAAUAUCUUCUUCUCUAGGUUCCUGUUAAAAUAUAAAAAUAAAUAGGUAACUAAUCGAGCUAGGUCGUAUCCACUUGUAUAAAAAUGUAAAUCUCUUUUAAGAAAUAACAUUUGGGAGGGUUAACUUAGGGACCAGGCCGCGAUAUCACGGUAAUAUCAAACAUUUCAAAAUUCUGCAAAUCAAAUCUUCGACAUCUUUCAAAUAAUGUGUAAAGAUACAUUUCACAAAUAUUUACCUAUCUAAGACUUCAUUGAUAUAAUAAAUAUAUAAAUAUAGAACAAAUAUAAUUAAAGUAUAUAUCGUAAAAAAUAGAAGAAAAAAAUCUGCACUAUUAUGUAAUCAUUAAUGUUUGCUCACUUCAUCUGAAUUAGAAACCAGUUGUCAAGUAUUAUUUAUUUUUAUUUAUACGCAACAACUAAUGUAUUUAUUUAUUUCUAAUUUGUAAUGUCUACCUCGAUUACGUAUUCAAACAGUAACGGAAGAACUUGCAGUAUAGAAUUUACAAUUCACCUUUAUUGUUUCCUUACAUGAGUUUGCCGAGAUGAGAUGAGUUGAGCAAAUAUUUACAGUACUUUACACCUAAAAGUCUGCACAAUUUUCAACUGUGGUUUCAAAAUGAACAUAGUUAUGAUUACACGAAGCUGAUUUCUUUACACGAGACGUAUAGUUAGCAUGUUUCUAUUAAUUUUGUUGUUCAUUAUAGCAGAGUUUUAGGUAUAGACUCUGUACUUUUCAAUAAUGGAUAUUAAUAAACAAAGUACCAUUGCAGUCGGUGCAGAUGAUCACCUAGGAUAAGUUAGGUUAUGUAAGUGCUUUUUAAGUAACGGAAGUUGUUAUGCUCUGUACUUGUAACCCAAUGACCAGUAUGCAUUCAGUAAUAAAGGUUGUCUUAAAUGUC